CGGCUGCUCGGCCCCGGGGAAAGGGUUCUCCUCCCAGCCGAGCCCUUGGUCCUGGCAGACGCCCCAAGAUUGUUGUGAGGAGUCUAGCCAGUUGGUGAGCGCUGUAAUCUGAACCAGCUGUGUCCAGACUGAGGCCCCAUUUGCAUUGUUUAACAUACUUAGAAAAUGAAGUGUUCAUUUUUAACAUUCCUCCUCCAAUUGGUUUAAUGCUGAAUUACUGAAGAGGGAUAAGCAAAACCAGGUGCUUUCUCUGCGGGCUCUCCAGUGGCUCAGAGCACCCGGCUGUUCCUCGUCCUCGCCACUCGCGAGCCCCCCGGGCCCAGAAGAGGUCGAAGUUCAGGAGCUGCUCCGAGGGUCCCGCGGAGGGAGCACUUUUUUUUUUUUUUUUCCCUCACUUUGCUUUCGCCUCGCAUCUCGGAUAUGCCAGGACUAAAAAGGCUUCUCACCGUUACCAUUCUGGCUCUCUGUCUUCCAAGUCCUGGAAAUGCACAGCAACAGUGCACCAACGGUUUUGACCUGGACCGCGCUUCGGGGCAGUGUUUAGAUAUCGACGAAUGCCGGACCAUCCCUGAGGCCUGCCGGGGAGACAUGAUGUGUGUUAACCAAAAUGGCGGCUACCUGUGCAUCCCCCGGACAAACCCGGUGUACCGAGGGCCCUACUCCAGCGGCUCCUCCUACUCGACACCCUACUCAGGGCCGUACCCAGCUGCUGCCCCGCCGCUCUCACCUUCAGCCUCAAACUACCCCACGAUCUCCAGGCCUCUCAUGUGCCGCUUUGGAUACCAGAUGGAUGAGGGCAACCAGUGUGUGGAUGUGGAUGAGUGUGCCACGGAUUCUCACCAGUGCAACCCUACCCAGAUUUGCAUCAACACUGAAGGAGGGUACACCUGCUCGUGCACCGACGGCUACUGGCUUCUGGAAGGCCAGUGCUUAGACAUUGAUGAAUGUCGCUAUGGAUACUGCCAGCAGCUAUGUGCGAACGUCCCCGGAUCCUAUUCCUGUACAUGCAACCCUGGCUUUACCCUCAACGAGGAUGGAAGGUCUUGCCAAGAUGUGAACGAAUGUGCCACUGAGAACCCCUGCGUGCAGACCUGUGUCAACACCUACGGCUCUUUCAUCUGCCGCUGUGACCCAGGAUAUGAACUUGAGGAUGAUGGUGUUCGUUGCAGUGAUAUGGACGAGUGCAGCUUCUCUGAGUUCCUCUGCCAGCACGAGUGUGUGAACCAGCCUGGCACGUACUUCUGCUCCUGUCCUCCUGGCUACAUCCUGCUGGAGGACAACCGAAGCUGUCAGGACAUCGAUGAGUGCGAGCACAGAAACCACACGUGCAACCUACAGCAGACUUGCUACAACUUGCAAGGGGGCUUCAAAUGCAUCGACCCCAUCCGCUGCGAGGAGCCUUAUCUGCGCAUCAGCGACAACCGCUGUAUGUGUCCUGCUGAGAAUCCUGGCUGCAGAGACCAGCCCUUCACCAUCCUGUACCGGGACAUGGACGUGGUGUCCGCACGCUCUGUUCCUGCUGACAUCUUCCAGAUGCAAGCGACGACCCGCUACCCCGGAGCUUAUUACAUUUUCCAGAUCAAGUCUGGGAAUGAGGGCCGAGAGUUCUAUAUGCGGCAAACGGGCCCCAUCAGUGCCACCCUGGUGAUGACACGCCCCAUCAAAGGGCCCCGGGAGAUGCAGCUGGACUUGGAAAUGAUCACCGUCAACACCGUCAUCAACUUCAGAGGUAGCUCCGUGAUCCGGCUGCGGAUAUACGUGUCGCAGUACCCGUUCUGAGGCCCGGCUGCAGCCUCUGACGCCACCUCUCACGGCACCAGGGACAGGAGAGAAGAGGCGAGAGGGAGCCUGAGCCGGUCGCGACGCCUUUCCUGCUGAAUGCUUCCCCAGGGUCAGCCCCCCCGGCCUGACCCUGCCCGCAUGGGGUAGACCUGUCAUCCUGAAGGACACUUUCCCCAGCUCCUACGGUGCAGUCAUCAACAGUAGUGUCACUGGCACUCUGACCAGAGAUCAGUGGAGGUUUGUCAGGGUCAUCAGAUUAUUUUCAUAUUUCCCAAAGGAAAUAGAUUAGGAUGGCUGGGGUGUGAGUCCAUGUUCAAAGACUGUGAACGGCUUCCUCUCCCCCUUCCACGCCUUUCUCUUUCUCCCUCUCUCCCUCUCUCUCUCGCUGAUUGCUGCUUUGCAAAGACCCAACGAGUCAUGGGGAUGCUGGGGGUAGCUAGUUUGCUUCUUGUAUGUACUGAGAAGGUUAUGGGAAGAAACCACAGCAGGAUCUAAGGAUUUUUAAAGAGUCUAUUUCAAAAUCACAUCUGGAGUUUGCAGUCAUAAAAGGAAUUUUAGAUGUCCUUAAGUUUGUAUAACGUUAAUCCUUUCUUGUUCAUUUUGAGUAUUUUUUUCAUAAUACCUACCAAAGGUCUUAAGACACAUGCUAAGUUCUGCCCUCCCAACUGUCAACCCAGUUUCCUCUUCAUGUUAGCCAAGGUUUUCUUUGAGGACCCCUUAAUCAUGCUUUCUUUAGCAAUUUUACCCCACUGGGUUGGAAGGCAGAGGUCUCCAAACUGAUUAAAUAUUUG